CGAGGGGAGAGAAGGAGCGCGGCCGCCCUGCAGAGGGGUACGCUCGGUGCUGAAGGGCAGCGCUGGGUGAAGCCCCGCAGCUCUCCAGAGCAGAAGGAAACACACUAAUUUAUGGCCUUUCAUACAGAGAGAGUUGGGGAGGGGUGUGAGCCGGUGCGGUGUCCAGGGGAGAGAAAACCAAAGGAUUGUCAAAAUAAGAAGCAAACCUGUGUCUAGGAUGAGGAAAGAAGCAUAAAGUGGUACUCUCUGAAAUGAAAAGAAUUUGUGAGCUGUGCUUGCUGCAGUAACCCCAAAGGCAAAGUCCAAGCAUUGAGCAGGAGGUGAGAGCAGCCAAGGUGCAGUGGUAGCUGGCAGAGAGGAGAGGGCACGGACAGGAGCAGGAAUCCCCGGCGAGAUGCGGUGUAACAGCCUUCCGUACCGCCAGCUGGGGCUGCAGGCUCUCGGCAAUGCCGGCCUGGCCCGUCGGGUGGCAAACUGCUUUCACGGGAAGCGCCUCUGCGUUCAGGAGGUUUGGGAACAACAGACUGCUGGCUGGGAUUUCAGACUGUAAUCUCUGUGCGUUUCCAAAUUUUCAGGGACCUGCUCAUCCCUCCCGAAUAGCAGUGUUUGCUCCGUCAGAUACGGUCCUAACAGACGCCGAGUCCGUGCUGCAGAGAGAGUGCCUGUGUCUCAAACUUCACAGAGUUUCUGGGGGGUUCUUCAUCUUCUCCCUGUAGUCCUGAAGCUGCAGAAAUCAAUAUUCUGCCAUCUGUAAAUCCUUUGUUCCUCUUUUCACCAGGGUUUUAUCAGCUUUAGUGACUCAGCUGACUUGGGUGAAUAUCCCUUGGAACUGUGCUAGCUGGAAACCCGCCUGGACAUGCCCUCUCGCUCCUACAACCAGGGAACUUCUUUUGCUGUGACAUUGUAAUGGGAAGUGGAGACACCUCGAGGAGAAGGUCGAAACAGGCAGCAGCAAUUACAGUCAAUAACAUCUAUGACUUGAGAAAAAUCUUGCCUCAGUUAGAGGUUUGGUUUCCUGAAGGAACAAGCCUGCCUCACCUGACCAUGGGAGUCGAGAACUUCAACAAAUUAUGGAGCUAUUUUAUUUUCUCACAUGUUCUCAUCAUCCUGCAGACAUUGCAAGUGAUUUCUUUGCUUCAGGCUGGCUGCUUCUGGCCACUCUGCCAGUUUCUCCAGCCACCGGGGCCAGAUUGCCCAAGAGCAGAGGCAGAGAGUGCAGACCUGCUCCAGGAGCCAUCAGUAGGUGGAUGAACUUGUGUGGCAGUGGAGAGAGGCUGGAGGUUGGCAGGACUCUGUCCAUCUGGAUGAGCAAGAAACCGCGCGGUGACUUGGGGGCCAGCCCGGCCACCCUCCGCGGUGAGUGGCAGGCAGAGGCGAGAGCAGGCUGGGCUGUGCGUCCCGGGGCUCUGCCGCCGUGCCCAGGAGGCAGCUUUGCUCGGGGCCCGCCGGCCGGUGCAGCCCGGGCAGGGCAGCGGCGAGGCCGGGCGGCCCCUGACCCCCGCAGGGUCCCCGCGGGGGCACGGAGGGAGCAGGGCUCCGGGAAAGUGCCUCGUGGGCAGGCGCCGGGGCUCCCCGCUGCCCGGCUGGGAUACCGGGGCGAAGAGGGCAGCCCCGGUCCGACCCUGGAAGCGACCUCGGCUGGGAGGGCGGCGGCGGCGGCGGCCGGUCCCGGGCCCUCCCCGCGCCGGCUUUAACCCGCCCGGUGCCAGCUCCCGCUCGGCGGCGGUGAGACCCCGGAGGUAGCCGGGCCGGGGUCUGCGGGAUCCGCCGCGGCGAGCCCAGGCGCAGCGCGUCAGGCCGGGCCCCGCCGCCCUUUGUCCGCGGCCCCGAGGCAGGUGCGGGCGGCGCGGCCGGGGACAAAGCAGCUGCGGGGUCCUGUGCUGCUCCCUCCGCCGUGCCCAGGGCCGGGCGGGAUCCCCCGGCGCGGUGCGGGCGCGGCUGCCGGUGCUCGGCCCCGCUGCCGCCGGCGGGUUUUAUGCGCAGGGCGGCCGGCGGGCCGGCGGGGGUGGGAGGAGCCGGGCAGGUUGUGCCCGCCGGGCCCUCCUCCCUCGCUCCCUCCCCGCCCGGCGGAGAGGGGUCGGGGGAGGGGGCAGCAUGGCCUGUCCGUCCGGCCCCUUUUCCAGCGCUCAUCUGCCCCGGGAGUGCGGCGCCGCUCCUCGCAGGGAGAAGAGGUCCGAAUGGAGACAGACGGCAGCCAGCCCGGCCUCGCCUCCCCGGACUCCCCGCACGACCCCUGCAAAAUGUUCAUCGGGGGACUGAGCUGGCAGACCACGCAAGAGGGCUUGCGGGAGUACUUCAGCCAGUUCGGCGAGGUGAAGGAGUGCCUGGUGAUGCGGGACCCGCUGACAAAGAGAUCCAGGGGCUUCGGGUUCGUCACGUUCAUGGACCAGGCUGGCGUCGACAAGGUCCUGGCCCAAUCCAGACAUGAACUGGACUCCAAGACGAUCGACCCGAAGGUAGCGUUCCCCCGCCGAGCACAGCCCAAGAUGGUGACCCGAACAAAGAAGAUAUUUGUGGGUGGUCUGUCCGUGAACACUACUGUGGAGGAUGUGAAACAGUACUUUGAGCAGUUUGGGAAGGUGGACGACGCGAUGCUGAUGUUUGACAAGACAACCAACCGACACCGAGGUUUUGGGUUUGUCACAUUUGAAAGUGAAGACAUUGUUGAAAAAGUGUGUGAAAUCCACUUCCAUGAGAUCAACAACAAAAUGGUGGAGUGUAAAAAAGCCCAGCCGAAGGAGGUGAUGUCCCCAACGGGCUCGGCACGAGGGCGGUCCCGAGUCAUGCCUUAUGGGAUGGAUGCCUUCAUGCUGGGGAUCGGCAUGCUGGGUUAUCCAGGCUUCCAAGCUGCCACCUACGCAAGUCGAAGUUACACUGGCAUUGCACCUGGCUACACUUACCAGUUCCCUGAGUUCCGUGUAGAGCGGACCCCUCUCCCGAGUGCCCCCGUCCUCCCUGAGCUCACAGCAAUCCCCCUCACUGCGUAUGGACCGAUGGCAGCAGCAGCAGCCGCGGCGGCCGUGGUGCGAGGGACAGGUUCCACCCCCAGCCGCACCGGUGGAUUUCUGGGCACCACCAGCCCAGGGCCGAUGGCAGAGCUUUAUGGAGCCGCCAACCAGGACUCAGGGGUCAGCAGUUACAUCAGCGCUGCCAGCCCGGCCCCGAGCACCGGCUUCGGCCACAGCCUAGGGGGUCCCUUGAUUGCAACAGCUUUUACCAAUGGGUAUCACUGAAGCUGGGGACCAAGGAGGCAGGAGAUUCCCCAGUGACCUGAUGGAGGACAGCGGCUGGAGGAUCUGGUGAGCCUCGGGGGAUGAGCCAAGGUUCCCUUUCUCUGGAAUCAACCUGCACACUGCCGGCUGGCUGCCAGGCUCCUGCCGCCCUGCCCUGAUCUCUCCCUUUGACCAGACCACACUGGACUGAACCCGAGGAGAUCAUCUCGCUUUCUUACUAACCACCGACGGUUUACGCUUCCCCCUCCCUGUCCCCCGCCCACCGAGUCUUCUUUUAUUUAUUUUAGUAGCUGUUAGUUUUAUUUUUUUAUUUUAUUUUUUUAUCUUUUUUUGGGGGCUACCCCUUCUUUUUUUGUUGUUUUGCUCUUUCCCGAGCUAGUAGACAUAUUUUAUGAAUUGGCUUUGUGAUUGUGUUAGGUAGUUUUUAUUGAGGAGUAUUUUUAUUUGGCUUUGAAACUGUUUUGAAUAUUUUCAACUCUGUUGUUGUCGUCAGUGUUUUUAAAGCACGGUAUGUAAUAAGAAUGCAGUUCUGAAGGGAAGAAAGAGACACAGAGAGCAAAGGCUGAGAGGAACUGAUGUAUUUCUAUUUUUUUUAAAGAAACUGUUUUUAAUUGUUUCUGUUUUGUAAAUGUGAGGCUUUGAAAAGUGUGAAACUCCAAGGAUCCGAAAACGUUGGACAUCGCUAUGGAACAAAACAAAUGUAUAUUUUGCUAAGUGAAAAACACUAUCCUUACAGCUGAAAGAUUUUUUUUUUUUCCCUUAGAUUUAGUUUUAUGUGGGGUUUUCUUUUUCCUCCUGUAUAAUAUGUAAAUAUUGUGAGCUGAACCUGGCUGCCUCCUGCAGCCUGGCUCCAAGGAGCAGCUCCAGGUCCUGGACUUGGUGCCGCAAUGUGAGCAAUACUCUCCAGCAGAAUCCUGACAGGACUCCGUUCUUUUUUUGUACACCUUUUACUGUAAGAUUUUAAGACCUCUGAUGAGAUGAAAGGGGGGUGGGGUGGGGGUGAGAUGUCCCAGCCACUGGCUGUCUUGCUGAGCGGGUUAAAGCUGCUUCCAAUCGCUCGAUGUACAGACUCCAUCGCUGGGCUCCGUAGUGCCAGCCUCUGGCUGGGCUGUAGGUCAAGGGCUUUACUGCCACUGCUUGUCUUGGUUACUUUGAAAGGAAUUCACUCUCCAAACACUGUCGCUCGUGUCAAGAUUUCCUGGGAAAAGGGGGGUCCUCCUCUGGAGGCGAGGGUAUCUGAGGGGGUGUUGGCCAGGGCCAGGGGGAGGUUUGGGUGGUUGUUCUCUGAAGGGCAGGGCGUAGGGUUGGGGAGUCAUUAACGGGGGAGAAAAGCAUUAGGGUGGUGAUUUGGGGGCGGGUUAAGGGCUUCUCAGGGAUUAUAUGAAUUAUAGAAUUGCAGCUUCCCAUUUGCUUUACUCUGUGUUCUGAAGACUGUGGGAAUUUGUCCAUUGUCCUGUGUGGGGUUGGUCUGGUCCCUUCUCCAGAACCUGCUGGGGCUUCCCCUGGCAUGAUCCAGGCCCUGCUAACAAGCCCCUGCCAGGGGAGGCCUCCAGCAGGAGCACACGGGGCAGGUUUGGGUCCGGAUUUCAGUGAACCAAAGACCUUGUUAAGGGGGUGAUUAAGCCUUUCAUUAAGAUGCAGCCAAACUCUUUUCCCAGGGAAAUAACAGCUUCAUCUUAAGUUUUAAAAAUCAUUCCCUCUCUUCCCCCAAACUAAGCCCCCUGUAAGGGAGAAGGGCAUUUAGAAAAGGACUGGGAGGGCCACAGUGCUCAAAGGGCCCUUCUUCCAUCCCUCCCUCCCCCAUCUGCCAGAGCUUGUCCUGACCUGGGCGAUGUGUUUGGAGAGUUCUGUUUAGGUAAGAGGGUACUUAACAGAUUCGUACUGAAAACACAAAGCAAUAAUUUUUGUUACUGAGACAAGAGUCUGUAUGUCUGUUUUUUUAAAUAUUUCCUAAUUAAAGAAGAGCUGCAUUUUAUUGGGUUUAUUUUUAUUCUAUAUACUUCAAAUUUGGGUCUGCGGCCAGCGCUUUCCUCCCUCUUGGUGUAUGCGCUGAGCUGCUGCCGUGCCCCCUCCAGACACCCGAGGCCAGCUGUGCUGCUGCUGGGCUGGGAUUCACUCCCUGCCCAGUGCUGCCACUGCCUGGAGACUGGGGCUCCGGUUUCAGGGUGGGCAUUUUUUUUUAAAAGAAAUAAAGCUGUGUUUUUAAGCCAGUAAGUUAUUACACUCCAAUGUUUGUUCUCUCCACACCUGUAACCCUUUUUCCAGAUUUCAGUUUUAAAUUCCUAAUAAAUUAUUUGAAAACUGUC